GCUGCUGCAGAGGCUGAUGGGGUGACGGAGACGGCCCUGCCUCAGGCGACUGCACCAUGGUAACGGGCCGCGGUGGAACUAGGCUGGCAAUGGCGGCGUGGUCCAUCUCUCCGGCCGCGGCUGUGAUUGCAUUCCUCCUGUUAGACCUCCCAAGAGUCUCACAGGCCCAGACCUUCUCCUUCCCCUUCCGGCAGCCGGAGACGUGCGGCCACAACCAGUACUUCGAUAUCUCCGCGCUCUCCUGUGUUCCUUGUGGAGCCAACCAGAGGCGGGACUCCCUAGGAACUUCAUGUGUGUGUGUACCAGGAUUUCAGAUGAUCUCUAAUAAUGGAGGACCUGAUAUUAUUUGUAAAAAGUGCCCAGAAAAUAUGAAAGGUGUUACUGAAGAUGGCUGGAACUGUAUUUCUUGCCCUGGUGGUUUAACUGCAGAAGGAAAAUGCCACUGUCCCACCGGCCAUAUUUUAGUGGAAAGAAAUGUUAAUGGAACAUUGUUGUCUCAAGCAACUUGUAAGCUCUGUGAUGAAAGUGAAGACUCUUUCACGGUAGCAGAUGCUUUAGGAAACAGGUGUAUCCCUUGUGAACCAACAUUCAUCAAUACCAACAGAUCCUGUACAUGUUCAGAACCUAACAUUUUAACCGGGGGAUUAUGUUUCAGCAGCACAGUGAAUUUUCCUCCCCGUAUAAUUUCAGCUGCCCGUUACGGAGAACUUGGCAUGUCUCUUACUUCAGAAUGGUUUGCAAAGUAUUUGCAAUCAUCAGCAGCUGCUUGUUUGGUGUAUGCCAAUCUAACAUCUUGCCAAGCUCUCGGAAAUAUGUGUGUGAUGAACAUGAAUUCUUAUGACUCUGUCACUCUUGAUGCAUGUCAACUGUUUCAGUUUAUCUUUAAAAAUACUGCUAGACUGCAUACUGUUCAUUCAGUUUCUUUUUGGAGACAGAAUCUUCCAUGGCUGUUCUAUGGAGACCAACUAGGAUUAGCUCCUCAAGUACUCAGGACUACACCUCUUCCUACAAAUUUCAUUUUUAAAGGGCAAAAUAAGAAUUCAAAACUGAAGUUUAUUGCUGCUUCCUAUGAUGUAAGAGGAAAUUUUCUCAAGUGGCAAAGUUUAGAAGGAGGUGUUUUACAGCUCUGUCCAGACACAGAAACAAGACUAAAUGCUGCUUAUUCUUUUGGAACAACCUAUCAACAAAAUUGUGAAAUUCCUCUCUCUAAGAUCUUAAAUGACUUUCCCACUCCUAUAUUUUAUGAUGUAUAUGUUGAAUAUACCAAUGAAAAUCAACACCAGUAUAUUUGGGCUGUGCCUGUAUUAAACCUAAAUCUUCAACACAAUAAUAUAUUUGUGAACCGAGACAGUGCCUCUGGCAAGUGGCUUUUGACUCGGCGCAUUUUCUUAGUGGAUGCACUAAGUGGACGAGAAAAUGACAUAGGAAGUCAGCCAAGAUUAAUUCGAAUUGCUACCCAAAUAUCACUGAGUGUUUCUAAUUUGCUUCCUUUUAAAUAUCAGGUUUCUUUCUCAGUCAAAUAUGAAAUGAAUCAAGAGGAGGCACAAGUCCGGACAGAUAUCGCUUUGGGUGUAUUGGGUGGGCUAGCUGUUUUAUCAUCUCUUCUGAAGACAGCAGGGUGGAAGAGGCGCAUUGGGAGUCCCAUGAUUGAUUUACAGACAGUUAUGAAAUUCUUGGUAUACUAUGCUGGUGAUCUAGCCAAUGUUUUCUUUAUCAUCACUGUGGGAACAGGUCUUUAUUGGCUAAUUUUCUUCAAAGCACAGAAGUUGGCUUUUGUUUUGCUGCCAGGGCCGGCUCAGGAAGAGCGUCUCGUUACUUACGUGGGAUGCGCUUUUGCUCUAAAGGCUCUGCAAUUUAUGCAUAAGCUCAUAUCCCAGAUUACCAUAGAUAUAUUCUUUAUUGACUGGGAGCGGCCUAAAAGAAGUGUUAUUAAAGCUGCUGAAGGUGAGGGCAGUGUUCGGAGUGCUGCUGUUCCUGUAAGCAUAUGGAGAACAUAUUUUGUAGCAAAUGAAUGGAAUGAAAUUCAGACUGUGAGAAAAAUUAACCCACUCUUUCAAGUACUUACUGUCCUCUUCUUUUUGGAGGUUGUGGGAUUCAAGAACUUAGCAUUGAUGGACUUAUCCUCUAGUCUUUCCAGAAGCCCCGCUAGCUACAUAGCUCCUUACAGCCUCAUUUUGAGAUAUGCAGUAUCUACUGUUCUUUGGCUAGUCAUUGGAAUUAUACAGAUUGUGUUCUUUGCUGUCUUUUAUGAGAGAUUUAUAGAAGAUAAAAUUCGACAGUUUGUUGAUUUAUGCUGUAUGAGCAAUAUAUCAGUGUUUCUAUUAUCCCACAAAUGUUUUGGCUAUUACAUUCAUGGUAGAUCAGUACAUGGGCAUGCGGAUACUAAUAUGGAAGAGAUGAAUAUGAAUCUUAAAAGAGAAGCGGAGAAUUUGUGUAGCCAGAGAGGUUUGGUACCCAACACAGAUGGCCAAACUUUUCAAAUUGCAGUUUCUAGCCAGAUGAGACAACACUAUGACAGAAUCCAUGAGACACUUACAAGGAAAAAUGGCCCUACCUUGAGUUCAUCAGCAAGUACUUUUGAGCAGAGUAUAAAAGCAUAUCAUACUAUGAAUAAAUUCCUUGGCUCUUUCAUUGAUCAUGUGCAUAAAGAAAUGGACUACAUUAUAAAAGAUAAAUUACUUCUUGAAAGAAUUCUUGGAAUGGAAUUCAUGGAACCGAUGGAAAAAAGCAUCUUUUACAAUGAUGAAGGUUAUUCUUUCAGCAGUGUUCUGUAUUAUGGAAAUGAAGCCACGCUUCUUAUUUAUGAUCUGCUAUUCUUCUCUGUUGUGGAUUUGGUUAACCAAGAUUUUCUUCUAGCAGCCUUCCUUACAUACCUACAACAAGAGAUUUUUAGAUUUAUCCGUAAUACAGUUGGACAGAAGAAUUUAGCAUCCAAAACAUUGGUGGAUCAGAGAUUUCUGAUUUAAUUUGCUGAAUAGAUAACUAAGACUCAAUAUAAUCAUGGCAAAAAAAGGGUUAUGAUUAUAGGUGAGCAAGGCAGAAGCUUUUAUUUAGAGGUACAACAAGAGGACAGAGCUUGAGAGUCCCCUCUUCAAUAUACUCUUUAAUAAUCCUUUUCAUUGUAUACCAUGUACUUGAAAGGUACUUAUACUUCAAGUAUAAUAAUCAUUAACCCCCAAACUGAUAUUUCUUAUUGUCUUCUAUGUUAAUGCUAUAUAAUACUUAAAUAUAAUGCUAUGUAAAUAUUGUUUACAUUUUUUUCUUGAUUUUUUAUUUUGUAAAUAUGUAGAUUUUUUAAUUGAAAAUAUAGAAUAAGACAUUUGGUGUUUCUGUUUCCUAUUGGAUUAAUAUCUAUUUCAUGAAAUAGCACUUCGGAAUGAAUACAUAUAGCACCAUUGAGGCAAGGUCUCCAAACACUACCAAAGUUGAAUCUUUUCAUUUUCCCUGAAUCUUGAGGAUUGACUGAAGAGAAAGAGGGAAAGCUAGUAAGUUGACUAUUCGAAACUUCAGUUUCUGAAGGUUCAUAGUACAGGAAUGCCUUUAUAAAAGCUGCAAAGACAAAUAAAUGUACCAACAUGGAUUUUUAAAACCACCUGCUCAGAAGCAUGUGGAAGACAUUUCAGCUCUCAUUCUGCAAAUGAGAAGUUAAUACUAAUGUGAAUGUUUUAAAAUGAAAAUUUCGAAAAAUGAGGUCAGUUAGCUCACCUAAUAAAUUAAAACAGAGAAAAGACAUUAAAAGAAUCAUUCUACACUACUUUUGCAUAAUAUUUUUUAUUUUGGUUAGAGACAUAAAAAUGUAUAUUGAUUUUCAUACAGUGUUGACUCAAUUUAAUUUUAUGCCACAAUUUAAAUUUUAUGAUCAUGUACCUGAUUUUCCACAAGAUGUGUAAACUUUCUAUUUCUGUAGCACCAAUUCAUUGUACUUUGCAUCUUAUAACCCUAAUUUUACUGACUACCUAGAAAUGUUUGACAAGUCUCAUCAUCAUUUCAUAAUGAAACAAACUCUAGGUUUACCUAGAUAUUCUAUAUAAGUGCUGUGUCCUCCUUAGAAGUGCACAGAUCUCUAAAAUAAUCCUGCAGAUCAUUCUCUAUGUUAUGAGCUGCUUAUAUUUACUUAUUUGCCUGGCACUGCUGUCCUAUUAAACUACCUUUUGAGAAGGCUCUUCUAGUUACAUAGAUUGAGAAGCAUUCAAAAGUACCAUUAAUUCAGUGCUUGUAAGCAUAAAAAAGUAUCCUUUUUAUGGUCUGUAAAUACUGACAAAAGCUGAGGAGAAAUAAAAGUACGUUAAGGAGCUGUGUGACUUAAUGGAAAGUACUCCAGAUUUAGUAACAGAAGCCCUGGAUUUGAAUUAAAAUUUGCCCAUCACCUACCAGCUUUGGAACCUUAAACCAAGUUAUUUGGCAUCUUUGAAAUUUCAUUCUGCAUCUUUGCAAUGGAAUCAAUACCCUUUGUUUACCACUUGUUGUAAAGAUUAAUUCAUUAAGAUAAGACUUAUCACAAUGAAUAAACUGAACACUGGAAUUUUUUUUUUUGAGGGAAAUUGCUGUUUUAUUUGUAUUCAUAAAACUUGGCUGUAAUCAAUUAUGCCAUAUAGGAUGUCAUACAAUACCACUGGUUAAAAUAAAGGCUAUUUUUCAAAUGUA